CCUAAUCUCCAAAUCCCCCGCCCCAAUGAACCAAACUCCCUCUCCUCCUCCUUCCCCUGCCUUCGACGGCGACGCCGGAAUGGACGACGCCUGGUAUGGCAACAUCCAGUACCUUCUCAACAUCUCCACAAUCGGUCUCUUUUGUUGCGUCUUCAUCUUCGUCUUCCUUAAGCCCCGUAGCGACCACCGCCGCAUGCCUGGCCCUGCUGCUCUCUUUUCCAAGCUACUUGCAGUCUGGCACGAGACUAGCCGCAAGAUCGCACUGGCCGCGAGAUUGCCGUCCACUGUGGGGCUGAUGCUACGCAGUUUCUCUUGAUUGAAGGCAGUAGCUUCAUUAUGCUUCUGUCCGUUGCUUUUCUAUCGAAAGAGAAGAAGUGCAGUGACAAAGGAAAAGAUCGACGGACGAUCGACGAAGAGAAGAUCAAUGGAAGACCCUUCUGCAGUUCUGUUGGUUCCUCCUAUCUGGGUUUUGCAAUUUGUUUCCACUGUCCCGAGCUCCUAAUGAUCUUAGAUUCUUAGCGUUUUUAGUUUUUAG